CAAAAUUCAGACAGUCACUCUCAAAUUCACCAUAGGAAACAGGAAAGGCUGUUCUCUGACUCUGUCCGUCAAUGCUCUGACACUCAACUCUCCUUCUUCCCUACCCAGUAGCCAACUACCCAUGCACAAAUAUACACAAAUUCGGACUUUCUGAACACCCUAGUCUGUUUCUCAAUCACCCAAAGAAUGGCAUCAGUUGAUGCUCAAAGCCGCCUCUCCAUCCCCGACUUCCUCAAUUUCUUGCCCACCGAACCAAAAGUCUCCUAUUCAUACAAACGGCCCUCCAGUGCUCACCUGCAGCUCUUCUGGACUCAUCAAAAGCCUGAAACCCUUAAAGAAAAGAUCAAAUCUGCACUUCAGCUCUUAGACUUGUCUUACUUUCCAACUUUAGUUCAGUUCUGGGCACCCAAGAUCAUCAAAGAUCAAUGCCAUCUUACCACUUCAGACCAACCCUUUGGUCUCACUGUUUUGCGCAAAGGUCUCUGUUCUUAUAGAAAGUUGUGUGUAGGGUAUGAGUAUUUUGCUGGUGAGGAGCUAGAAGGGAAUCUUGGGCCUCCGGGUCGGGUAUUUAGAAAUGGGUUUGAUGAAUUUUGUCCAGAUGUGAGGUUUUAUGACAAGGAAGAUUACCCACUUAGGGAGAGUGCUUUAGGCUGUGGGAUUGGGGGAUCCUUGGCUUUGCCUGUUUUUGAAGCUACUGGGGAGAGGUGUAUUGGGGUUCUGGAAUUUGUUACUGUAUGGGAUGGGAGUUAUUGCUUGACUGAUUACAUUUGGAGAAUCAGAGAUGCUCUAAAGGGAGUAGGUUUGAGAUGUUUAGAUGUCUGUCGGCCCUUUGAUAUCAAUGGAGGUUCCGAAAGGCUCAAGGACACACUUGAGGAAAUCGAGAAGGUAUUGGAAGUGGUUUGUAAUAAACACAAAAUGCCUUUAGCCCAGACCUGGUUCCCGAGUUCUGAUGGAAUCCACACGGAGAGUGUAAUGAUGACAACCAAAAAGGGAUCGUAUGUGUUAGGCAAGAGGAUUUCUUCCUUCCAAAAGGACUGUACGUACUUUCCUAUAAAGAAGGGGCAGGGGGUUGUUGGCAACGCCUUUUUGUCUCGAAAUUUGAGUUCCUGCAAGGAUUUGACUUGCUUAAGUAUAAACGAGUACCCCUUUGCCCCCGGUGCACGGAAGGUUGGUUUAACUUCCAGUUUUGCAGUUUGUUUGAAGAGUAUGGAUUCUGAAAACGAUGUCUAUGUCAUAGAAUUCUUUCUAUCAGACCAACCGGCUUGCAGCCAAUCACAGACCUCGCUGGAUUCACUUGCAGUAACUAUUAACGAGCAUUUCCAUAGUUUUAAUAUUGCUGCUGCAGAGAACUUUCAUAACGAUGUUAAGAUGUCUGAGGAUGAAAAGCUUGAAGAUCCACCGAGUAAGGAGAAGAUGGUGGCUUUAGAAGGUGGAGACACGGGGAGUGAUAUUGAUGCUAACUUAACGAAACUCGAGUCAUCAGAAGAUCAGGGUGGUGUUCACUUAGGCGACGAUGAGAGCCAAGGAAACAAUACGUUAGAUGCAGAUCAAAAAGGCGUUGGUUUCGGUUCUCAAGAGAAAGAAGACAACAUUCAGCCAUCAGAGACGGGAGAUGGUAAUGCCAACUCUUCUGAGUGCAUUCCAAGCAAACGUUUAACUUCUGAGCAUGAAUCUGAUCCCGGUGGCAAGAAACAAAAGAUAGAAUCAUUCCCGAUGGAACAGUCUUGCGAUGAUACUACUCCAGCCAACUGCCCUGAUUCUGUUUCUUCCCCGAUGCCACAAGCUACAACCUCGGAAGAUAAAACUCGCAUCCCAGUAAAGGUGGUCCACAAAGAUGUUAUCAUAAAGUUCCUGCUGUCUCUUUCAUCAGGAAUCGUGGAUUUCGAGGGUGAAGUUAUAAGCAGGAUGAAGUUAGAAGCCAAAAGCUUUCUCAUCAAGUGUCAAGACAAAGACGAGAAUUGGCUUCAAAUGCAGAGCGAUAUGGAUCUGCAGAAUUAUAUGAACACCAUGAGGACAUCGGGCCAAAGCACAGUUAAAUUUUUUGUCGAGCUAAUUACCAAUUAGCCUCCUUAAUCUCACUGGAUGGAAUUAUGGAAACAUGUCUUCACUUGUGUAAUUCAUACUUCAUUUCCUUUGGUUUGUUUUCAGUUAUGGCAGAACUUAUCUUUGAAGCUUUAAAUCUCUUUCUCUGAGUUCUCUAAGAAAAUCUGAGAAAUUGAGGAA